UUUUUCUUACUUCUUCCGAUUCCGUCAGAUUUCCGCCGGCAUAUUCCUUGUCUUCCCUUCGUAACAGAGUCAGAUGAAGUUCGGGAAGAGCCUGAGUAAUCAGAUCGAGGAGACUCUGCCUGAGUGGAGAGAUAAGUUCCUUUCGUAUAAGGAUUUGAAGAAGAAGCUUAAGCUUAUCGAUCCUAAAAGCGAUGAGAGGUGCAGUAAGAGACCCAGGUUGGCUACCGGGGAUGGUGCCGAGGCUGCAGAGAUGGAGUUGAGUUCAUUGACGAGAGAGGAAAAGGAAUUCAUCCGAUUGUUAGAAGAAGAGCUCGAAAAAUUUAAUGCCUUCUUCGUCGAGAAAGAAGAAGAAUACAUCAUCAGAUUAAAGGAAUUACAGGAUAGAGUGGCAAAAGCAAAAGAUUCCAACGAAGUUAUGAUUAAAGUGCGGAAGGAAAUUGUGGAUUUCCAUGGGGAGAUGGUUCUGUUGGAGAAUUAUAGUGCUCUUAACUACACAGGUUUGGUGAAGAUACUCAAGAAGUAUGACAAACGAACUGGUGCUCUCAUUCGACUGCCCUUCAUCCAGAGGGUAUUGCAGCAACCAUUCUUCACUACAGACUUGCUCUACAUGCUUGUAAAAGAGUGUGAGACUAUGCUUGAUAGUCUCUUCCCAAAGAAAGAAGCAUUUGUACCCGAGGGAGAUGGGAAUGAAGGGUGUGAUACUAAACCUCCAACAACAAAGGAUGGGAUGCUCACAGGGCCGAAGGAGCUUGCAGAAAUAGAGUACAUGGAGAGUUUGUAUAUGAAGAGCACCAUCUCAGCGCUUCGUGUGUUAAAGGAAAUAAGAAGUGGAAGCUCAACCGUAAGCGUAUUUUCGUUGCCGCCACUGCAGGGUAAUGGUUUGGAGGAAUCCUGGAAUAAAGUCCCUGUUUUGGAACAAGAAGCGAAAUAGAUGUUGGUUAGAUCGUGGUACAAGUUUCUUCAUAUUCAGGCAGGUCACAGGAGUUGCUUGAGUGAGGCAGAGGUC